UAGACCGACAGCUCUGGGCUCACGGGGCCCCGCCCUCCUCGGCGCCCCGCCCACUUCCGGACACAGCGCCCGGCCCACCCGUGUCUCCGGAACCUCGGCUUGGCGGGGCUCGGUUGAUCUGCUCUGGUUCUCUGUUCCGCGUCUGACUUACGCGCUGUUUUGUUUGCGACGGUGUCGCAGAAGGGUGCGCUUUACGGCCGCGGGGGGACGCAGCGAGCCGGCGCCAGGGCCUCUCGGCCGGGAAGCAGGGUAGGCGGCGGAGGUUGAUGCCCGGCGGCGGGACGAGCACGGCGUCUGGCCGGCUUCUCUCCUCAGCGGAUCCCAGAGGGGCGCGGGAGGCUGCGGCGUUCCGGAGCAGCCCGGCGGGCUCGAGCGGAGGCCGAGGCGGAGCAGGAGGCCCCGGGCCAGGGAUUGGAGGCCCCGCGGGCAAGAUGAGCCUGACCCCGAAGGAGCUCUCGAGCCUGCUGAGCAUCAUCUCCGAGGAGGCGGGCGGCGGCAGCACCUUCGAGGGCCUGUCCACCGCCUUCCACCACUACUUCAGCAAGGCCGACCACUUCCGCCUGGGCUCGGUGCUGGUGAUGCUGCUGCAGCAGCCGGACCUGCUGCCCAGCGCGGCGCAGCGCCUCACGGCGCUCUACCUGCUCUGGGAGAUGUACCGCACCGAGCCGCUCGCCGCCAACCCGUUCGCGGCCAGCUUCGCGCACCUGCUCAACCCGGCGCCGCCCGCCCGUGGCGGACAAGAGCCCGAUCGGCCCCCGCUCUCAGGGUUUUUGCCUCCUAUAACUCCACCAGAAAAGUUUUUUCUUUCCCAGCUCAUGCUGGCACCCCCAAGGGAACUGUUCAAAAAGACACCUCGCCAGAUUGCGUUGAUGGACGUUGGAAACAUGGGACAGUCUGUGGACAUUAGCGGCCUUCAGUUAGCCCUGGCAGAACGUCAGUCUGAACUGCCAACCCAGAGCAAAGCCAGCUUCCCAAGCAUCCUCAGUGACCCAGACCCGGACUCCUCUAACUCUGGAUUUGACAGCUCAGUUGCUUCUCGGAUCACAGAGUCUUUAGUCAGUGGACCAAAACCGCCUAUUGAAAGCCAUUUUCGGCCAGAGUUUAUCCGCCCACCACCACCCCUCCACAUCUGUGAGGAUGAACUGGCCUGGCUAAAUCCUACAGAACCCGAACAUGCCAUUCAGUGGGACAGAUCAAUGUGUGUGAAGAACAGCACUGGGGUGGAGAUCAAGCGGAUCAUGGCGAAAGCCUUCAAAAGCCCUCUAUCUUCUCCCCAACAGACGCAACUCCUCGGUGAGUUGGAAAAAGAUCCCAAGCUUGUUUAUCACAUUGGCCUUACUCCAGCGAAACUUCCAGACCUAGUGGAAAACAACCCGUUAGUCGCUAUAGAAAUGCUGCUGAAACUAAUGCAGUCCAGCCAGAUCACGGAGUAUUUCUCUGUCCUGGUCAAUAUGGACAUGUCCUUACAUUCAAUGGAAGUUGUGAACCGACUAACUACAGCUGUUGACCUACCUCCUGAGUUUAUUCACCUAUACAUAUCCAAUUGCAUUUCUACUUGUGAACAAAUCAAGGAUAAAUAUAUGCAGAAUCGUUUGGUGCGACUUGUGUGUGUGUUUCUACAGUCUUUGAUCCGUAACAAAAUUAUUAAUGUGCAGGACUUAUUUAUAGAAGUGCAGGCCUUCUGCAUUGAAUUCAGUAGGAUACGGGAAGCUGCAGGCCUAUUCCGGUUGCUGAAGACACUGGAUACUGGGGAAACCCCUUCAGAGACCAAAAUAACAAAAUAAUACCUCACCAGAACUGCCCCUUCUAUUGUUCAGCUGUAUUUGGAUUGGUUUUUAAACUGUUGUAACUCUUGAGUGGAUUGCUUGCUUCAUCUAAGAAAUAUAAAUGACACUUUAUUUACUUAAAGUAAAAUUUCCUUUUUCCUAUGUUUCCCAUGGGUGAAUUUUGGUAAGAACUUGGAAAAAUGUAUCUUUUAGUUCUCUUGCUGAUGACAAUCCAUAUGAAGAAUAGUUAUUCUAAAAAUAGUUACUGCAAGAAAGGAGGUAUAGACGUUUCUCUCUUGAAUUUAAAACACAGUACCUGUUUCUUUUAGAAAACAAACUGUAGGUUUCUGAAAAACCAGGAAUUUGCUUUUGUAGCUUCUAGUGUGAAGCACGCUCAGUAAGAGUGAGCGCAGACACUGAGAAUUUAUGGUGAGUGUGGCUCUUACCAAGCAGAGUGUGAAAUGAGGGUGCACACUUGACAACGUUCUUGGCCCACUGACAAGCAUGGGCACUCUUAGGCAGGAACAUUCUGCCCGGCUGCGAUACUGUGACACUAUAAGAUGGGCAUGGCUUUUGUGGUCUUAAGGACAAAUAUGAGCUGGCACACUAGAAAUGUAUACCCUAGAUGCCUGUUUGGUGAGGAGGCAGAACACAAUCAGUACAGUGUGCCUUAAUAUUUUUUAAGACAGGGUCCAUCUAUGUAAUCCUGGAGCUCACUGUGCAGAGCAGGCUGGCCUUGAAAUCAGAGAUCCUUCUGCCUCAGUAUGCUGUGAUUAAAGGUGUAUACCACCAAAUCCAGCCUUUUUUUUUUUUUUUUUUUUUUUAAAUUUUGCCUGACAUAUCAUUUUAUUUGAAGAAAUUAUGAAGAAUUCCUUUUAUGGUGGUAUCUCUAGAACUGAUUUAUGGGGACAGAAUCUGUUCUCCCACAACUGGCAAGAGUUUUUAAAGGAAGCCAAGCUUGAUGAUUUUGUUUUAUUGUACAAUUACAGUCUUCUAACAGUGGAGAAGGAAUAAGAAAUGAGCCUUGAGCCCUGUAGGAGUGACCCCCUCUGAACUAAACAGGUGACUUUUUUCAGUGUCCCAAAGUGGCCACCAUUAUUUUGCAGAUGGCACUGGGUGAAGGACAGCCCAUGACCAAACCACUGUUUUAGAAUGACAGGUUCUCUACAGCUGAUAGGCAUGUCUGCCGUGUAGCCCAGAUUAGCUAUGGCCACAGUCCAACACACAAUCGAAAACGUAAAAAAUGUCAGACAGAUGUAGAUACUCCCAACCACUGGACUGAAGUUGGGGACCCCUAUGGUUGAAUUAAAGGAAGGAGCUGAAGGGGAGGACAAACCCAUAGGAAGACCAGUGGUCUCAACUAACCCGGGCCACUGGGAGCUCCCAUAGACUGAGCCACCAAUUAGGCAGCAUAUAUGGCCAGUCUGAGGCCCCCAGCACAUAUAUGGUAGAGGGCUGCCUGGUCUGGCCUCUGGAAGAAGAUGCACCCAAUCCUCGAGGGACUUGAGGCCUCAGGGAAGGAGGGGUGGUGGCAAGACUCUGUCUUGGAGACAGAGUGUGUGUGGGGAGGGAUGUCUGGAGGAACAAUGGCUGGAAUGUAAAUAAAAU